AUGGUAAAGACAAACAAAACACAAUGUUUUACAUGUCACAGAGAAAAUAAUACAUAUACCUGUGAAGGGUGUACAAACAGAUUUUGUGUAAUACAUUUAACAGAACAUCAACAAAUAUUAAAUGAACAAUUACAUCAUAUUAUUGAUGGUUAUAAUCAGUUUAAAGAAAGAAUUAAUCAACAAAAACAAAGUCCACUUAAUCAUUCAUUAAUCAAAAAAAUUGAUCAAUGGGAAAGAAAUGCAAUUGAAAUAAUUCAACAAAAAGCGCAGGAGUACAGAGAUGUUGUCAUUGAAUCAUUACAAACAUGUAUUAAUCAUAUUGAAACGAAAUUUAAUGACUUGAACAAACAAAUACAACAACUUCAGAAAGAAAAUGACUUUAACGAAAUUCAGUUAAAUCAUUUAAGAAAUCAAUUGAGAAAAAUUACAGAAGAAUUACAUAGUCCAUCAAAUAUUUCUAUCGAACAAGAUUCACAAGCAUUCAUUAACAAAAUCUCAAUAGUUUCAGAAAAAAAAUCAAAAGUCAGCAAAUGGAAUCAAAAUGCUAUCAGUAUGGCUGGUGGAAAUGGAGAAGGACAAGAAUUAAGUCAACUUAAUCGUCCUUUUGGAAUCUUUAUUGAUAAAAAGAAAAAUAUUUUCAUUGCCGAUGAUUGUAAUCAUCGUAUUGUUGAAUGGAAAUAUAAUGCAAAAGAAGGACAAAUUAUUGCAGGUGGAAAUAACAGAGGAAAUCGAAUGGAUCAAUUGAAUCGACCAACAAAUGUGAUUGUUGAUUAA